GUACAUGAGGCUGAAGAGGAUAUUGCAAAAUAACAGACAAAUAUUUCUUCGACUGAUUGUCAGUUCUUGUGGUUCUUUUUCUCUUACAAACAGCAGUUGCUUGAAUUCCAGAGCAGUGUGGCUUGUAGAUUAGGAGACUGAAAGUGGAAUCAUGAAGCUGGAGAUGCCAGAAACCUUUGAAGAUGUUGCUGUCAGAUUUCAGAGAGAGGAAUGGAACCUGCUGAGUGACCAGGAGAAAGACCUACACAGAGAGGUGAUGGUAGAGAACUAUGAGAACAUGGUUUCUGUAGGGUAUGAUAUCCCAGUGGAGCACCUUUUUUUAUUGUUUAGAAAAGAUGGAGUGGUGCCGUCUGCUGAACCAGGAAGAGAAAUGUUUCAGAAAAGUGAAUUUCCAGAUGAAAACACUGGCAUAAACAGGAAUGCAUAUUCCAGUGAAAUUCAGACUGUGCCACCAUCACGUUGGAAAUUCCAUACUUCUGAAUGUAACAAAGCUUUGCCAGAUAAGCUGUUAAUCACAAGACAUGUCUUAGUACAAACCGGAAGAAAGCAUCACAAGUUGUUGGAAAGUAAUGACUUUGUUAGGAAAACUAAAAGAAAAAAGCAUGUAGAAACUUAUGGCAGAAAAAAGCGGCACAAAUGGCUUAAUUACACCAACAGUCUUGGCGGCGAAGAAAGAGCGAAUAGCACAUCAACAGCACAUGAACAAAUACAAAGUGUUAGUCAGAGAAGAUAUAAACCCUAUACAUGCACUACAUGUGGCAAAGGUUUCAAAUAUAAAGCAAACUUGGGAAAGCAUCUGUAUACCCACAGUGAACAAAACAAGUAUAAAUGUUCUGCAUGUGGUAAGGGUUUUGCACACAAGAGUACACUGAUACAACACCAGUAUAUCCACACAAAACAAAAGCCAUAUAAAUGUAGUAUGUGUGAAAAGAGUUUUACAAAGAGGGGUAAUAUGAUACAACACCAGUAUACCCACACAAAACAAAAACCAUAUAAAUGUGCUAUAUGUCAGAAGGGUUUUGCAAAGAAAAGUAAUAUGAUAGAGCAUCAGCGUAGCCACACAGGGCAGAAACCUUAUAAAUGCACCAUGUGUGAUAAAACUUUUAGUCUCAGAAGUGGUAAAGUAAAUCAUCUAGUUAUCCACACAGAGAAUAAACCCUUUAAAUGUUUCACGUGUGACAAGAGUUUUCGACACAGACAAACUCUGGUAAAUCAUCAGAACACCCAUACAGGGUACAAACCCUACAAAUGUGAUACAUGUGACAAAGGCUUUACAAAUAAGCAAUGCUUGGCAGCCCAUCAAAAUGUCCAUACUGGACUGAAACCCUAUGUGUGCACAAUAUGUGAAAAGGGCUUUACCAGAAAAAGAAACUUACUAUUGCAUAAAAAAAUUCAUACUGGACAGAAGCCAUAUAAAUGUUCUACCUGUGACAAGAAUUUUACAGAAAAAUCAAGCAUGGAAAAACAUCAGUUUAUCCAUAUGGAAGAAAAACCAUAUAAGUGUGCUAUAUGUGAGAAGGGAUUUGCACAGAAGGGUAAUCUGAUUCAGCAUGAGUAUAUGCACACUAGGGUAAAAUUGUAUAAAUGUACCACGUGUGGCAAAAAUUUUAGAAAUAAAGAUACCUUGGAAAAUCAUCAAAUUGUUCAUACUGGGCAGAAACCCUAUAAAUGCACCAUGUGUGACAAGAGUUUUGUACAGAAACAGUCUUUGGCAUAUCAUCAUCGUGUUCACACUGGGCUGAAACCCUAUAAAUGUACUACAUGUGACAAGUGUUUUACACAUAGUCAAAGUUUGGCAAGACAUCAGAAUAUCCAUGCUGGACUGAAACCUUUUAGAUGUGCCACAUGUGACAAGAGUUAUAGAAGUAAAAGAAGUCUGUUAGAACAUCAGCUAACUCACAGUGGGCAAAGACCUUAUAAAUGUUCUACCUGUGACAAGAGUUUUACACGCAGGUCUACCAUGGAAAAACAUCGGUUUAUCCACAUGGAACAAAAACCAUAUAAAUGUGCUACAUGUGGCAAGAGUUAUGCACAGAAAGGUAAUCUGACGCAGCAUGAGUAUACCCACACCGGGAUAAAGUUGUACAAAUGUACUACGUGCAGCAAAAGUUUUCAAAGGAAAGAUACCUUGGAAAGUCAUCAAAUCAUCCACACCGGACAGAAGCCAUAUAAAUGCACCAUGUGUGACAAGAGUUUUAUAUACAAAAGCUCUCUGAAAAGUCAUCAGAACAUCAACCAUUGGGUUUCUGGAUGGAAAGAUGGAAUCAGUGUGAAAAAGAAAUGAGAUGUUGAUUUGAAUUAAACUCUUCCUCAAACCUUGGCAUGUAUCUUCACACGAUGGACUCUGAAAAAAAUGUUUUUAUUCAUUUUAUAACAUAAUAACUUAACAGUAUAGUAACAAGAACACAAACUGUAUUCAAUGUCUAUAACUAAAAAAGCAAUAUACAUAGCAGAACACUUAAUAUUUCUCUAACAGAUUAGAUGAUAUUGCCCAAGAAAUUAAAUGA